GUCGCUCACGGAACCAAGAUGGCAUCCGAGGACGGUGCGGGUAUCGUGUCAAACGUAGGAUGCGAUGUAAAUAAUACGAGUGACCGAGCGACGAACCCAGGUGGAAGCGAGGCAACGGACGGGACGACGCCCGGAACGACGUGGCAACGCGUCGUCGUCGAGAGGACGGCCGGUCGCGCGAGCGAUCCCGCGCCUAAUUCGCCCGGGACGCCCACGGGUUUCCCUGCAGCGUCACCACCGUUUCACGCGAACACGGAAGGGCACGCAUUACAGAGGGACUCGGGCUCGGCGAGCUCGUCCGGUGUGGGUGAUGUGGGUGAACGGGUCGCGAACGAUAACGAGACGCCCAGCCAACGGAGCAGCAUGUCUCAUCCGGGGACCGACCCGGACCGCACCGUUCGUCUUCCGGAAGAAACAGACGGGAAUCCAGAUCAUUGCAACAAUGAUGUAGUAGUAAAAGCUGCCAGAGAACCGAUUCAGCAUAUUAUACAUGCCGAGUCUGCAUGUAACAACGACAUCAUGUUAUCUGGAAACAUGCAUACAUUAUCUACAAAGGCAAAAUUAGAAGGCUGCAUAAAUUUCUCCAAUAACACACCACAACUUGGAGAAAGUCCACAGAGUAAUGGUGAAGUGAUCAGCAGCCCCAGAAGUCCUGAUUAUCCUCCAAGAGUUUCUGUCAGCCCGCAUCCUCAUAGUCCAGAUACGACGUUCUCUAUUAGCAUGAUGUCGGCGAAUUCUACUGUCAUGGAUACAGCAAAAUAUAAUGAAGAAAGUACUAACAAUGUGGCUAUGUGUGCAGACGAAACUAUCGAAUAUCCGUUUUGCCCAUCACCGUCGAGAAAGCUUGAUGAUUCACAAGUUGACAUCACGAAAACGGUAUCGAGUGAACAGCGGGAUACCGUUGAUGAAAAAUACAUCACAGAUAGAGAAUUAAAAAUAGAAUCUAUUGAGAUUAAGAAGGAACUAACAGACUCGCUACAAGAACUUGAAAAAGUUAAAUCUGAACAGUUAGAGGAUAGUUUUUCCCUUACUGUAACAGAUAGAAUGGCUGUUGCAACAGCAGCAUCUCAAGAGAAAUCCACAGAUACCACUGUCAAUUCAUCUUCCAGUUCACAUUCAAAAACUUACUCAUCUUCGAGAGAGAAACGUUCGAAAGAAGAUAGACGACACUGCUCACGAUGUCAAAAACGCAAAGGGAUAAAAAGAGCGAGCAUUGGUGUACAGUGCAAACGAGAUCGUCAUGUAUUAUGUGGUAAACCUUCUCUUUCCUUCUCUAAAUCUACUAAUGAGAACCUGAGGUUAAAUCUACAAACGAAAAACUACAAGAUGCUUAAUAAUCCUCUGAUGAAAAGUGAAUUACUGGAAGGCCUAAAGUACAAGAAAUAUAUUCACAUAGAAACUUAUCCCAAUGGCGGUGCGACGGUAGUCCAUAUGUAUCAAGAUGAAAUUGAUAGUUUAUCGCGCGAACAAAUGGAUGAAUUGGCGCAUGAAUACUUCAAGGUGGUUUUCGGAGAAGACGAAAAUGGAAAUGCUCAUCAUGUUAUGGGUAUAGUACAUAAUGCAGCUGCAUAUCUACCCGAUCUUUUGGAUUAUAUGGCGAAUAAUUAUCCCACAUUAACUGUAAAGAAUGGAGUAUUGGGUAGGAGCAGUGAUAUAGAAACUACUACAAUGGCUCAAUACAAAGAGCAAGUCUGUAAAGCUUAUAGCAAUGGUACCAUUAGAUAUGGACCAUUGCAUCAAAUAAGUCUCGUGGGUACUGUUCACGAGGAGGUCGGCGGAUAUUUUCCGGAUCUACUGCAGAAAUUGGAAGAAAACCCGUUUUUAAAAAUGACGAUACCUUGGGGACCUUUGUCCGUCGUAAAGAUGGAUACACCACAAGAAUCGAACGAUGGACCUAUCUUAUGGAUUCGACCAGGUGAGCAAUUGGUACCAACGGCCGACAUAAACAAGAGCCCGUACAAACGACGCAGAACGGGUAUCAACGAACUAAGAAAUCUGCAAUAUCUUCCGCGGCUGAGUGAAGCACGAGAGUACAUGUUCGAAGAUCGUACGAAAGCACAUGCCGAUCAUGUUGGCCAUGGUUUGGAUAGGAUGACAACGGCGGCAGUCGGCGUGUUAAAGGCCGUCCACGGUGGCCAGACAUCCGAAUAUAAUAGGAUCACGAAGGACGUUGUGGCUUUUUAUGCUGGCGAUUUUACUGAACUCGUGGAAAAGCUGCAGUUAGAUUUACACGAGCCACCAAUAUCGCAGUGCGUGCAGUGGGUAGAGGAUGCAAAGCUAAAUCAAUUACGCAGGCAGGGUGUCCGUUAUGCCAAGAUAAAUCUUUACGAUAAUGAUAUAUAUUUUCUACCGCGCAAUAUCAUUCAUCAAUUUAGGACAGUCUCGGCCGUUUCGAGCAUCGCUUGGCAUGUCAGAUUGAAACAGUAUUACCCAGAAUCGCAGCAUAGUUCAAGCAUUAGGCACAGCCGUGUGAUAAAUGAGUCUGCUCAUCGCAUCAAGGAGAAGAAGCCUCUGGAAGCUGUUAGCAUAGGCGACGAACAAAAGGAGAACACGAAUCGCCAGCGUUUGGAGCAUAAAUUGUCGAUCGAUCCUCUGGAGAAGGCAAAAGAGAGGGCGGCCGAAUAUCAAGGUAAUUUGAAGAAAUCCGAUCAACAUGGGAAACAUCGCAAGAGUCGGCAUCACUCCAAACACUCGUCUCUUAAACAAAAGAAUAAAGAAGAUGAUAACGACAAUGCAACAUCGGAUCCAUUCAGCAGCACUAAGUCAUCUAAGAGCGAAACCAAUGAGCAGAAACAGAAUAGUGACAAGAGGGACGAGAAGAGAUCAGAGAAAAAGCAUAAGGAUCGUCGUCGUAGUAGCGAUAAAUCUAGCAGUCACCACACGCACAGCAGUAACAGCAGUUCUGAUAAUUGUCAUCCUUGUAAGAAGAAAAAAUAUGAUAGCAGUGGUCACAAGCUAGAUCAUCGUUGCAGUCACCAUGAAAGAUCCAGCAGUAAGAGCAUAUCAAGUAAAGAAACUAUUUCUAGUGAAACGAGAACAGUUUCGAAAUUCGAUAGCUCGUCUUCCUUGAAGGAUGCUAAGAAACGAUUGAGUGGAUUAUCUCCGUUGGAGGAUGCUUCUGGAACCGGAGAACCAACCGUUAUCGAGGAGGAGAUACUAAAGCAACGACAAAUCCUUGCCAAAACGUAUGCCACCGAAGUGGUAGAUAGGGCGUUGGAAAUAGCCAUUUACAAGUCAAAGACCGAUGUUAAUGAGGUUUGUCAAUCGCUGCGUGCUGAAGUUUCGGAGGCAGCGAAAGAAGUAUUAGAAAAGAUUCAUAAGGAGAGCUUUGAAAUCGUCAAACAAUGGUCCAAAGACUUGGAAGAUGUUACAAAACUAGAAAGAUACUGUCAUCUGUUAGAAAUGGAGACUGUAUUGGCGUUUAAAUCGAAAAUGGAAUGCGCAACCGAGAACGCUGUUAAGGCGCUGAUCGAGAUGGCGGAGGACGAAGCGAAGGAAAGAGCGAAAAGUGAGAAAGUCGUCGACUUUGCGACCGCUGGUGACAACACAUGUGACGAAAAUUCAACGAAAAAGACAACAACGACAACGGCAAUGACGACGACGACAACGACGACGACGACGAUGACGGCGACGGCGACGGCGACGAUGCCGACAACAACAACAACAACAACAACAACAACAACAACAACUAGUAUCUCCUCGUAUCCUUGCAUUAUGACCUUCACGUCUCCGUCUAACGUCUCCGAAAACGAAAGACACAGUAACGGUAGGAAUGGCAGUAGUGAUGAAAAUUCACCGAAAUCGUCCGAGUCGCAGGCGCAUUCGAAAUCAAAAUGUAAGUGCAGGGACGAAAAAGAUUACAGGGAACGAAGACACAAGAAGAAAAGAGAUCACGAGAGGCGGGAACGAAAGCACGAUCGACAUCACCAUCGAAGUCCCCAGAUAAAAUCCGACUCUAAAACAUGCGACGACACUGGCAAGGAUGAUGCUGCGACCGUUCCCGAGCUGUCGCACAAUUAUCCAGUCGCCGGAAAAUCCGAACGAUCAAGCUCAAAGGAUGACGAGAAGAAAUCACAGGAGAAGAGGAGAAAAUGCCAUUGUAGCCAUCAUUGUAGUCACAGACACGGAGAGAAGAGAUCGUCUGGCAGCAGUAACAUCAGCAAAGACAGAGUCGAGUCAUUCCCACUUGUGACGUUGCAUCAUUCCCAUUCUUCGAGCUCAAAACACAAGAGGAAGUCCAGCUCGUCCAUCGAGCAUAAAGAACCGAAGAAAAUGUAUGUAGUAGAAAAGUAUUCGACCGCGCAAACCGCCGAGUCGAGCACGGUGGUAAACGUGACGACGGUGACAGCGAGCGCGAUCACGACGACGACAGACUUGCCGGAAAACACUGUUGUGUCAAAUACGUGAAAAGGUUACUACAAUUAUUCUCGACGAUUAUAGUACAAUCCGCUCGUUAGGAGCGCGAAUCUUGCACGCGGCGGAACGGAAUCGAUGUUUCGAAUCGACUGCCAGUGCGAAGCCUAAACGAUUUCUCACCCGGUGCGGCUAAAUGUGCGAGCUUUGCAAUUGGAGCGAGAGACGAGAGAGAGAGAAAGAGAGAGAGACGAGAAACAGAGAAGAAACUAUUAUAUCAGGUAUAUCACGGGAACCGUACUUUUACCAAAGUAAAGAUCCGUGUUUCAAUCCAAAGACGAGAUAAGACCUUUACCGAUUGAGAGAAUUUGCUACUUUCCUCCUUUUUCCCGCGAUUAUC